ACCAUACCAGGAGGAUGGAGGGGAAGAAAGAGGACUGGAAGAAGAGUGAAGACGAGAAGAAAAGGAAGGCGGAGAAGGCAACGACGAAGGGGAAGUAGAAGGAUGCGAAGAAGAGAAGAAGAAGUGGCGAAGAAGAAAAGAAGAAGGCGAACACGAAAGCAAAGGCGAAGGAGAAGGCGAGGCGAAAGCAAAGGCGAAGGCGAAGGCGAGGCGAAAGCAAAGGCGAAGGCGAAGGCGAAGAGAGCGAAGAAGAAGGCGAAGAGGAAGGCAAAGACGAAAGCAAAGAAGAAGGCAGUGAGGAAGGCGAAGAAGAAGGUGAAGAAGAAGGCGAAGAAGAAGGCGAAGAAGAAGGCGAAGAGGAAGGCAAAGAGGAAAGAGAAGAAGAAGGCGGAGAAGAAGAAGGCAGCGAGGAAGGCGAAGAAGGCAGGGGAGAAGGGCAAGGCGAAGGAGGAGGAGGAGGAGGAGGAGAAAGGAGGAGGAAAAGGAGGAGAUAUCAGCAUACGAGAAUAAAAUGGGAAGCACAGCCCUAUACUCCUAGAUGAGAUCGUCGAUGGCCGGGGUCAGUCUAAUGACAAGCUUACGUCACCAUCCAAUGGA